CCUGCCCCAACGUAGUCGCGGGACACCAUCAUCGGCACUUUUUCUCGACACACACCAACAACACCUCGUCGUCGUUUUCACCAGGCGACAGACUGACCACACCCACCAUGUCUCGUCUCAUGAGAAGGGCCUUGCUCAUCCGCUCGUCCCCAUGUCAGUCGUCAGUGGUGACAUCAACUCAUCGUCGCCGCUGGGCUCACCAACUUGCUGCUGCAGGAGUGAAGAGAAAUAAUCUGCCGCACCCGAUAGUCACAGCCACACCCACGCAAGCCCCUUACCAGCCCAGUCUUGAAGAACUGAUGGCAAAGGAUGAAACCCUCCAAAGUCCAGAUUACUUCCAAGUCCACAAAAUCUUUACGACUAGAGACUUGUUUCGUGCACGUGUUCACCUAGGCCAUAAAAUGGGGUCCCUGCAUCCCAAUAUGGCCCCUUUCGUCUUUGGAUCUAGGUUUGACUCUGUCAUACUCGAUUUAGAUAAGACGGCUUUUCACCUCAGACAAGCUUUAAACUUCCUGGCACACAUCGCAUACCGGAAAGGGAUCAUUGUUUUUGUGACACGUUCACCUCAUGUUAUCCAUCUCGUAGAAAAGACAGCCAUGGAGGUUGGAGAGUACGCUCACUGUCGAGAAUGGGAUACACACACGCUAACAGAUUCACACCGUAAGUACGGUGGCAUCACCCGCCUCCCGGACACAAUCCUCAUGCUGAAUACAUUGGACACGGUGAUGGCACCACACCCAGCUGUGAAGGAUGCUGCUAAAAUGCUUAUCCCCACAGUGGGGGUGGUGGACUCGAGCUGCGACCCCAACCUAAUCACCUAUCCCAUCCCAGGAAACGACGACUCCAUCCAAGCCCUCACUCUCUAUUGUUCACUCUUCAAAGAGGCCAUUCUGCGGGGAAAGAACAAGAGGAAGCUGGUGGACGCAGCUUUACUCCAGAAUAAGAAGGAAAUGUGAACUUGGAGUAAUUAUUUUUGAUACAUCAUAAGUUGUAGACGCACGUGUCCAGGUCAAGACCAGUUGCAUUAGUUUUAAUAAGCACACUUGUUCUUAAAUAAAGUUGUUAUUAAGAAACA